AUAUGAAUUGCACCAAGAAACUCACCCUUUAGGCGCUAACUUCCAUCCAACUCGUUGUCAACAGUUGGUUCAAAGAGGUUGGACUGGACCAGCUCAAGUUUGGAAGAUCGUGAUCUUCAUGGCUUCCACUGUGUUCCCUUCGAAAUCGUCCGCCGCCCGCAUCGCAUCAAUCAAAAACACUCUUUUGAUAACUGUAGUCUUCGACUUCUUUGACGGUCGAGGAUCAACAGAGGAGCUGGAAAACCUUCUUGCGUUAUUUGAGAAGUGGGAUGCACAUGCCGGAAUCUGCUUCUGCUCUAAACAUGUAGAGAUUUUGUUCUACGCCGUUUACAACACAAGCAACCAGAUUGCAGCGAAGGCUGAGGAGGUGCAGAACCGUCGCGUCGUCGACCAGAUCGCCGAAAUUUGGGUUAACUUGGCGAGGGCCUUCAUGGUGGAGGCAGAGUGGACGAGGGAGAAGCAUGUGCCGACCAUCGAAGAGUACAUGCCAGUCGCGGAGGUGAGCUUUGCCCUAGGCACCAUCCUCGCGAUUCCGCUGUACCUGGCCGGGCCGGAGCUCUCGGAGGACACGGUCAGGGGUCCGGAGGAUCUGCUCAGGCACACGUCCAUCUGCGCCCGCCUGCUCAACGAUCUUCAGACCUACGAGAAGGAGCGCGACCAAGGGUACGUGAACAGCGUGCCGCUGUACGCGCUCCGCCACGGCGGCUUGACAUCGUCGGCGUCCAUCGAGGCGGCGAAGAGGGAGAUCAGGAGGGACAUCGUGGCCUGCCGGAGGGAGCUGCUGAGGCUGGUGCUCAGGGAGGGCCGCGCCAUCCCGAGGCCGUGCAGGGAGCUCUUCUGGAACAUGUGCAAGGUAGCGCACCUGUUCUACUUGCAGGGGGAUGGGUUCCUCUCGCUGAAGGAGCUGAUGGCCGCAGCAAGUGCGACUGUCCGGGAGCCGCUGCAAGUAGCUAGAGCAGAGGAUAACGGAGUUUGGAUUUCACUUGGUCCGAUUAUUCAUUGCAAAGAUGUGCUGAAAUAUGAUUCAGGUUAUGUACGUGGUCCAUCCUGCUGA